AUGGCAUCGUUUACCGCAUUAAACAUCGAACCAGACGAUCAAAGCUAUGAUGAGAUCGAUAAUACAAGAGAAAUUCAAAUAGAAGAUGCUCUCAAGCUCUACACAACUGCGCUCAAGCUACAUGCUCAAGGCCUUCCUAACUAUCCAGAAGCCGCCGAAGCAUACAAGAAUUUAUUUCAAUCGGAGAUUUUUAGUUACCCAGAGGCCGUCACCGAAUUUACGAGACUCGAAGAGCACCCCGAACUUGAGUAUGUCGACUCUGCCAUACCUAUCGAGCUUGAUAUCGGUCCAGCGGCUGCAGACGGUACGCCCAGCACACUACCACAAAUCCUGUACCUCGCAUACAAAAAUCACGGUCAAUUUAUUCUGGACUGUGUGAAAGCUCGCUUGCGGAACUCGACCGGCUUGGUGUAUGAUGCUGAAAACCGCGCGACACUCGAAUUACAGGCUAAAGUUUCAAUGGAUGAUUUUGGACGUGCUCUGGUAAGUGACGAGUCAGAUACCGAGCUUUGGAGACGAGCAGCUCGUAUUGGAGCCAUGCUUGGGAGUCGGAGAAUUUCCAGAUACUGUCUUGAGGCUGCUGUCGAGGUUGAUGAUGACCCAACGGUUGCCGAAGUUGAACCUCAGUCAUUGGAAGAAGGUUUUGCAGGAGAACAAUUGAAGAAUGUACUCGAAGUGUUGUCCGAUGAAUUAUCUCUGUCUCAUCCAAUAAUGGGACCUUUCAAAAAGAAAGCCAUGCCGCAGUUUUUGAAGAAGCACAUUGAUCCAUAUCCAUUUCUUCCGAAUCUUACCAAUAGUUUGAGUAUCGAUAAUCAUGAACCCGUGCAGAUUCUCCAGGGACGUGCAAUUAUCAGCGUACCAGAGAGGUCAUGGACCUCUAUUGGCCACGAGAUAUGUGGAGCUGCACAGUCCCUUCCUGUUGUUGGAAUCAUACUUGCUUUGCCACCAGGAGAAGACCAGAACUUCUCACCUGACCUCCUUUUAGGCGAACAGCAUAGUCAAAAUCAGCCAACAAACGAUACUGUGAUGACGAUAUCUCCUGUAGCCGAAAGUUUUGGCAAUGGUACGCCCACUACCAAUAAUUCUGAUGAGAGAACGGGCGAGGCUGUUGCAACAGCUACCGUACAACUCUCUGAUACCGCUUUGCCCACAAGGAAAAGAUCCCAAUCUGCUGCCGGACUGCGCGAUACCCCAGAAGAAGACAACAAUACCCACAAGCGCAGCAGGCGUAUUAGAAAUCGCGAAAGUACUGCUGAAACUCCCGUUGACCCAGCAGCUCAAUAUGCUGAACAACUGAAGGCGUUUUCUCGUGCCGACGAUGAUGUUUUCACGUUUGUCGGCAAGAUGCUCCAGAAGUUAGGCGUUGAGGAUUUAGGAACCCGUGAAGACCUUCAAGUAGCUUUGGCGGUUGAUAGAGCUACUGAGCGUGACGAUAUCAGAACCAACACAGCUGUCAGAGAUCUACGUGAUAUCAUGAAAUCUUGGGAUGAAGUCAAGGCAGCUGUAUUUGAGAACGCCAAUGCCGCAGAUAUUCUGGGAACUUCUGGAGGUAGUGCGAAUGCUGGUCUGUCUGCUUUCCUCGAGCAUUCGAAUUCGGGAUCACAAAACUUAGCCAGCAAACCGCCACCAUUCGCCGACUUUGGUGGGAUAUCAUGGUUCGCACAAGAAGUUGAAAAAGACUGGAUGCCAUUACAAGAUGUUAUUUUUGAGUGGCUGCGUAUUGUUCUUGCAACUUAUUUACAACGACAAUGGAGUGCUGAACUAAAAGUCGCCACUGUUCGAAUAAUCAGUUUCCUCGAUGCAGAUGUUUUUGAUCGAGUUCAGUCGGACUUAGAAUCAAACCGCUCAUCUGGCCGAAAUCCCGCUAAAGCAUCACAACUAGAGGAGAUGGUGCAAACAAUAUUCGAACUUCACCUUGACGUCUAUACACGCAUCACUAACACAGACAGUAUGGUUGGGUAUGAUAUCAGGAUUAUGACAAAGGAUCGGCUUGAUCGUUGGUCAAAUUUCUCGGCUUUUAUGAUGCGUAGUCGGAAUUAUGAGCAGAAUGUUGAACUGUCUUUAAGGUAUUUGUGGGCAUCAGUUGUUUUUGCUACGGGCUCCGAAGAAGUUUCACGCGAGCAUAAAGUUCUUCUCUGGACCAACCUUCGAGAAAUCCUCAAGAAAGCUGGAAAACCACCGAUUCAACUCACGAACAAUGCCAUCAUAACUGAAAUCUCCGCCUCUGCCGCAGACCGAGAGGUUUCAAGCCUGACAACAAUGGAAUUCUUUCAAAAUCUCUUUCAAGCUGAUAGGUCCGACCCGUUAGCAAUCAUCCAAACACUCGAGCCAGUCUUAGAUCCAGAAUCCACAUCUCAGUCUGCAGAAAUGGAGAUUGGGGACUCACAAGAUAGCGAGUUCUCUAGAAAUGGAGAUAACACUCCACCGAUUUUGCGUGAUAUGUGGAAAUUCUUAGACAGUGGGAGCACAUCACUUCGCCUUUUCCUUUGGCAACGAUUGAGCGAAGCAUAUACCAGCAUCGGAUACAAGACCAAGGUAUUUUCUUGUAAUUUAAAAUGCAUCGAGAUUCUGGUCGCGGAAUUCAGAAGUGAAGACUACUUGAACUGCGAGGAUGAGACCCGUCGCCAUAAGAUGCUGACAUCGUUCAAGGCUCUUGACCAGCUGUUGGUUCCAGCAUUGACUACUGCACUUAACGAGGCUACGACCUGUUUUGAAAUUAUUGACGACCGUCAUGUCAAAUCAACGUGUGCUGCAUUAGCACAAUUAAACCGUAUUCUUCACGCUGCUGCAGUGUUUGAUGACGAACUCAGAGUAGGAAGUAUUUCAGUUCCACAGGUUGGGGCCUACUCUCUGCAUGGAACUUUCAAUAACUUCGCCAACAAGGUCAAAGAAAUGCAAGUACGAACAUGGGCAUUACAAUAUGCUAUGGUCAAAGAAGCUACAACUCAGAAUCGUGAUCUUUUUCCGACUCCAGAUAAUGAUCUUGCGGACUUCCUUGCCCUAGUGCACUACUCCUUGGGUUUGAGGAAGUGCUGCAAAGCUUCAAACAAGAUAUUUCUCAAGAUGAUGAAACAAGAAAUGUCACGUCUUAAACACAUUGACAAAUGGGAAGACUAUCUAGGCCAGGUGUUAUUUGACCUAUAUGGUAUUAAACUAGGUAUCGGCACCUUUCUUCUUGAAGAUCACGGCUGUCCCAUAGAAUCUCUGGAUCGACGAACUGUCAUGAAUAUUGCAGAGCAAGUCAUCUCACUUGCGAAUAAUAUGCCGAUGAAAGAUCUCAUGAAACACGAACUCAAGCCCACAAUUGAGAAGAUGCAAACUGCUGUCGGCCAGCCUAAAGAGUCGCCUACGAUGUUACAUAACUCAAGGAAUAUCACGGAGUAUUUGAAGACUCCUAUCCGUCCGCUUGAUAUGUAUCUAGCCCUCAAAGGCGAGGCUCAGAUUGACUCCAUUUCUGUACACACCCCAGAAAGUCCUCUUGCCGACAAAGGCUGGUAUUAUCUUUUGGGUAUGCUCGCUCUGACAAAAUACCGCUCAACAAAGCGAGUGAGUGCUGGUUCGCAAACAGAUGACUUAAAAGUCGCGGCAUAUUUCAUGAAGCUUCAGCUGCAAUAUACUGUAGAUCAUUGGGAAACCUGGUACAGACUCGCACAAUGCUAUGAUCUAGAGCUCGAGGAAGAGGUAUUGUGGAGCGCAGAUAAAAUGAACAAUGAUAGGGCAGGUUUGGUUCGGUUGCAGAAAUGUUCUGUUCAUUGUUAUAUCAUGGCGCUCUCUACAGCAAUGCGAUGUGCGGAUGGUUCAUUUGGAACGGCCGAAAAACUUUCCGACAUGUAUCACGACUUUGGAAUGCGUCUGUAUGCAUCAUCUCGAGAGCCAUUUGCCAUGGAAGUGUUCUGGGUGGAGGAAGAAAAGCAUAUGAGCGGGUCAGAAGGAAUGUACAAGAAGAUGCCUUUCGAGGAAAUGAGUCACUGCAAGUUGUGGAAGUAUGCAUCGGAACUAUUUAAGCGCUCUCUGGUAGAUAGACCAGAUUUCUGGAUGAAUCAUUUUAUGCUGGGAAAGUGUCAGUGGAAGAUUAUAGAGUGCGCUCGAGAAGAAUCUGCUCUCAAGCCUUCACCCAAUGUUCCUACCAUGGAUGUGGUUCUGAGUACUUUUGUUCGCGCCAUAGAAACAUGUCCGAAACCAAGUAAAAGCAGCCAAGAGCCUAUCCUUGAACCGCAUUACAAGCUUGUCUCUCUUACUCACAAGCUGGUCGCGCGUGGAGAAAUGGAAUUCCACGAUGCUGCCAAACUUCUACAGGAUCAACCUUACGGCCCACGAAAGGGGGAUCCUUUCGUGAUUGAGAACGAUGAAGAGUGGGAGAUUUUCAUUCUUGCAUGCUUUCGCCAAUUACGGAAUGCAGAUAAACCACACUGGCAUCAUCGCAUGAUUGCUCGUGUAGCUAACAUUCUUUACGAUGAGUCAAACCCGGAUUAUGUCCAAGCUUGUGCUGCCCGCAGUGAAUUUCGAGAGUCUAUAUUCACCAAGGCCAUGUCUAUGCAAGUUUGGAAACCGGAAGCGGAACGACCAGGGAGGCAUUUUGUCUAUAUGCAACGUUAUGCUCUAUUCAUGGCCAGGCUGUUGUUCCUUAUCAAUGACAAGACAAAUAUGGAAUCAUUAGCUAAGCGGGUGAGAAAGCGAGCGGUCGAUUUCUUCAAAUUCAACGAUGUCUGGAACGAAUGUUGUACAAUUUAUCUCAGGCUUAUUCGUAAGACAGCAGCUAUACCUGCUAAUGUCGACGAAGUGUUCAGAGGAAUCUCCCAGGUAGAGUUUGAUGCGUACUCGGAACGCCUCGAGGACUUUAUCAAAGCUGGGAGUCUUUCGCACCCAGCUCUUGACGCCCUUCGAGAGACUAUUGAACUAAAGAGACUCAAUAAUAGUCUUGCGAAGGUAACUCCGAUCGACGAUAUGAUCAAUGAUAUCUGGGCAGUUCUUUACAUUCAGGUUGUGAGGGACACUCCCGCUAUUGAUGUAGCAGCCAUACAACAAUCCCAGGUAGAUGGUGAAGCUGCAGCAAGAGCGUCAGGUCCAAUGAGUCUGAAUCAUGUUCUUAUGAAUACAGACUCCAAUGCCGCCGCUCCACUUCCUACGGUCGAACCCCCUAGACCUCGCAAACUUGGUAUCAACCGUAAGGCAGUUAUUCUAAGAGCCGAGCAUUCUAUCAACCGUGCCACAGAAGCGGCUCGGCCUGUCGUGGCUUCACGUCCCAGAAACGCCGCGUCAUCUUCAAUUGUACCUUCGAAUGCGUCGCCCCUUAUUUCGUCUGCACCCAGAAUUGAAUUCUUCCCCCUUACAGCACCCCAGCAAAGUACAAGAAGAGAGGACAGCUCGGCACCAGGCAGUGUGCACGACAGUGCAGACGAUGAGAGUGAUCUGAGUGAUGUUCCUGAUAUGGAUGAUUUAGAAGGAUCUUUGAUAUUCCCGAACCUAAUAAGAAGAGUUGAGAGUGGUAGCGGAGGAAAUACUCCUGCAUAG